AUGGCGGCCCCGGCCGUAUCAUACAAGGACCGGCAGUUCCUUGCGGUCAUCGGAGAUGAAGACUCCGUAACAGGUCUCCUCCUUGCCGGUGUCGGUCAUGUCACAGAUGGCGCAGAUGCCCAGCGAAACUUCCUUGUGGUAGACUCGAAGACUGAGACCGCCGCGAUCGAGAAAGCAUUCCAGAACUUCACUCAGGAGAGGAAAGAUAUCGCCAUUGUCCUUAUCAACCAACAUAUCGCAGAGCGGAUCCGGCACAGCGUCGAUUCCUACGCCGAGGCUUUCCCUGCUGUUCUCGAGAUCCCGAGCAAGGACCACCCGUAUGACCCUGAAAAGGACAGUGUACUCAAGCGGGUGCGACGACUGUUUGGAGAGUAG